AUGCCUUCUGCUAUUGUUACUGGUGCUACAGGAAUCACUGGAAAUGCAAUUGUUCGCCAUCUCCUGAAAGAUCCCUCAUACACUAAAAUCUACACCCUUUCGCGAAGCCAGCCCGGUAUCCAGGAUGCACGAACUGAGCAUGCAUGUCUUGACCUUCAAGCAUCUGCAGAGGAGAUGGCCAAGGGUCUUGCCGGCGUAUCUGCAGAGUAUAUCUACUUCUGUGCCUACCUAGCGCGCGAUGACAAUGACGAGGCUGCUCGUGUGAAUGGAGCCUUGCUCUCUAACUUCAUUAAAGCCCUUGAGAUUACCGGUGCCGCAAAGAAACUGAAGCGCCUAAUUCUCACUUGUGGAUUCAAGCAAUAUGGUGUCCAUCUCGGAUUGCCUAAGCAGCCUCUCGUCGAAUCCGAUCCUCGAUUGGAGGACGGUCUCGGUGGCUACAGAUGGCCAUCAAACUUCUACUACACCCAACAGGAUAUCGUGAAAGAAGCUGCCGCUCGAGGCAAUUGGGAAUGGAUCUGUACCCUUCCUAACGAUGUCAUCGGGUACGCUAAGCAUAACUUCAUGAAUGAGGCUACUGCUCUUGGAUUAUAUGCUGCUGUCAGCAAAGCUCUGCCCGGGUCGCGGUUGAUUUAUCCCGGCAACAAAUCGAACUAUUUCAUCAACAACUGCUGGACCUCUGCAGAACUCCAUGCUCAAUUUUGCUUGUGGGCUGCCACUGCGCCUGGAGCCGGCAACAACAUUUUCAAUGUCACCAAUGGAGACACCGAGUCUUUCCAGAGUAUGUGGCCACUGCUCGCGGAGCGAUUUGGCUGCACAAUCCCAGAAAACAUGUUCGACCCUGCUACCACCGAUGAAUUCAGGAACGAGGCCACCAAUACCGAACUCGGGAACAACCACCCUAUAUCUGUGCAUGCCAAAGCAAUGGGAAUCGCUGACGAUGCUGUGAACUCUCAGUCUCCCAGUCUUCGACUUCCCAUCGAUCCCCAGAAAUGGGCGCAACGAAAGGAUGUCAGUGAAGCAUGGAACAAAAUCAAGACCAAAUACAAUCUUGAUCAGGCUGCCUGGGAUAAGGCUACCUGGGACUUUUUGACUUUUGUGCUCGGUCGUGAUUGGGGCUGUGUUGCAAGCAUGAGCAAAGCUAGGAAGUUCGGGUGGACCGGAUACGAGGAUACUUGGGGGGCCUUUGAGAGGACAUUUGAUAUUCUCGAGAAGGAGGGAAUCAUUCCUCCCACGGGGCAGCUGAAGAAUGACCACUAG